GUCCAACCAUCUUAUUUUUCCAAGAGAAUGCUGGAAGUAUCCUUUUCAUUGUACUCGAUUAUCUUUAACAUUUCUAGGAAGAUUUAGGUUCUAAUUUUUGUUUUCAAGUCCUUUAGUGGGUACAUAUUUGCCAUAAUUUUCCAUUUAUGAGAAUGAGAUCCAAUUACCUUGAGCAGCCUUAACUACUGAUCUGCAGAUAUUGCUCACCGUCUUCAAAUGGUUCACAUAAUAUUGCAGAGGUUGCAGUGCAAUGUCUUCAUGCUUUCAUAUCGAGGCUAUGGAGCAAGUGACGGUUAUCCUUCUCAGCAUGGAAUUACCAAGGAUGCCCAGGCUGCAUUGGAUCAUCUCUCUCAGCGAACUGACAUUGACACGUCUAGAAUAAUUGUGUUUGGAAGGUCACUUGGGGGUGCUGUUGGGUCUGUGCUGACCAAAAACAAUCCUGAUAAGGUAGCAGCAUUGAUUCUAGAAAACACUUUCACAUCUAUUCUGGACAUGGCUGGAGUUCUGUUGCCUUUCCUGAAGUGGUUUAUUGGAGGCCCUGGGUCGAAAGGUCCUAAAAUUCUGAAUUUUCUCGUUCGCUCUCCAUGGAGUACCAUUGCCAUUGUUGGCCAGAUUGAGCAGCCAAUUCUUUUUCUGUCUGGAUUACAAGACGAGAUGGUGGACGUUCCAUGCAUGCUCUCAUAUGAGAGCUUGAGAAACUAAUAGGAAAUUAUUUUUGGCAAUUAUGCUUCUUGAAGAUGCAUGAUGUUGUUCUAAUUUGAAUUGUAAAACUGUUUUUAAAAGAGACUUGGUUAGCUUUUUACCUGUGCGGGUAUUCAAAUGCAUACCAUCUCAAUAGAACUCGAGAAGAAGCUAUGGAAAGCUUCUUUGUUUUUCCUCUUCUGCAAUUAUGCUUCUUAGAGAUGCACGUAAUAUUAUUUUUGUUAAUGUACUGUUGUUAAAAGUCAAAAAGUGAAUGAGUAGCUGACUUGUUUUUAGUGAUGAGUGCUUGCUUAGUGCUUUGUUUCUAUGUUAUAUGAUUGACGGUAUGCCUUUCAGAGAAGGAGAAUCUUUGCUUGUAUGGAUUCCCCAAUGAACAGUGGGAAGUUAAUUUACCUGCUGAGGAAGUACCACCAGAGCUGCCAGAGCCAGCAUUGGGCAUUAACUUUGCAAGAGAUGGGAUGCAGGAAAAGGACUGGUUGUCUCUUGUUGCUGUUCACAGCGAUGCAUGGUUACUAUCAGUGGCCUUCUAUUUUGGUGCUAGGUUUGGUUUUGAUAAAGCCGACAGGAAACGCCUGCCCACCUCCGCCUCACCUACGAGGAUGUUUGGCUCCGAUCCUCUGAUGGGGUCAACCUCCAUGCCUGGUUCAUCAAGCUCUUGCCCGAUUGCCGAGGUCAC